AUCUAGUUCGUCAACUUAUUUAAGACAAAUCACAAAUCUAGCAUUCAUUUCUUUCUUUCCUUCUAGAUAAUUAUAACUUAACAAUGGCAGCUGGAAUGAUGAUGAAACUUUUCUGUGUUAUGUUUGCUUGCAUGUUGGUAUCAUCACCUUAUGCUGAGGCUGCCAUUACAUGUGGUCAGGUUGUGACCAAGUUAAUGCCAUGCCUAAUUUACCUUAGGGGCACCGGUGGUGCCGUUCCACCGGCGUGCUGCAAUGGCGUUAAGGGUCUAAAUUCCGCCGCUAGCACCACCCCUGACCGUAAAACUGCUUGUAAUUGCUUGAAAAGUGCUUAUGCUUCUUACUCUGGCAUUAAUCCUGACAAUGCUCUUGGCCUUCCUAGCAAGUGUGGUGUUAACAUUCCGUACAAGAUCAGUCCUAGCACUGACUGCUCUAAGGUGGUUUGAAGCUCAUCUCGAAAGGAGAUACGCUUGCUAUUUGGAACGUGAAGAAUAAACCUAUUAAUAAUUACUCGUAUAUGUUUUUCUCUUGCAAUGCAAAGGGAAUACAUAGAUAUGUAUUUGUUUUACUUUCAUGUUGGUCUAUGGACUCAUGCUAUGUUCUCUGUUUACAUUUAACUUAUUUCUGGAUACAUUAAUUUACCUAGCUAUGCUAUGAAUUUUGGCA